GUCUCCUCAAGAAACUAGUGCUAUGAGUAUUGCAGCAACCAGGCGGUGGCAGUAACGCACCAGUUCGUCGUCUGUAAGCUGCCAAAUAUAUUUUAAAGAAGAAGAAGUGCAUGUGGCUACACCAAAACCAGCGAAGAAGAGAUGGAAUUUAUGGAUUUUAAUUCAGACUGCUACCCACCGAUAGUAAUAGUUAAUAGUUAACGUUAUCAUGUUUGGCCUUGGUUAAAUAGAUAAUAGGCAAUUUGUGUGCAACGGCAAUACCAAUUCUCCCCCCCAAAGGGGGACCCUGGAGCCAUGGCAACAGCACAGUCCAUGGUAACGUUUGCAGUGUGCAUCCUCAUGAUUACAGAGCUGAUACUUGCCAAGAAGGACUACUAUGAUAUACUGGGAGUACCCAAAGCUGCCACUGAGCGCCAGAUCAAAAAGGCUUUCCACAAGCUUGCAAUGAAAUAUCACCCAGACAAGAACAAGAGUCCAGAUGCUGAAGUCAGAUUCAGGGAAAUCGCUGAAGCUUAUGAAACUUUAUCUGAUGAGAACAGAAGAAGAGAAUAUGAUCAGUUUGGUGACACUUCAGCCUACUACAGUGGGGAUGGCAGACAUAGACAGGGUACCCACCAACCUUUCAGCUUCAACUUUGACGACAUAUUUAAAGACUUUGACAUCUACAGCCAGAACAGGCAUGCCCGCCACCGAAGGCACUUCGAUGAACACUCCAGGUUCCACAAGGAAUCCCACAGCAGACACAAGAGACAUUUUCAAGGUGGUUUCGGAUCAGGCGUCUUUGAUGAAAUGCUUGAUGACAUCGAGAGGAUGUUCACUUUUGACAAACACGCCAAACAGACUGACAACAAGUUUCAUGGUGCAUCUAAACAACACUGCAGGACGGUAACACAGCGCAGGGGAAAUAUGGUGACUACAUACACAGACUGCACUGCAACUUAAAGGAUUUGUGACUUCAAAUUUGCCUUAAAAGAUACUGUUGUACCAUUUAAGUCGCAGCAAGCCAGUUGGCUUAAAUUGUGUGAAAUUUGAACAGUGGGCUUGAGAGCUAACACAGAACGACAAGCACUGACAGUUUAUUAAGCUUCUUCUUAAGUUCAGAUAAGCUAAGUAUAUUUCAAGCUAUUUCCUGUGUGUGCUCAUAAACUAAAUGAAUGUACUAGCUCUUUUGUUUUGCCUUAUUAUUGAAGUAAGCUUUUUGAGAGUAUUUUGUCAGUAUUUUUUCAAGCACCUUCCUGUAAUAGAAUUUGAAAACAUUAUUAAUGUUGCUGUUAUUAACAAAAAAAACAAUUACACAGCGAUACAUGUGUUAGAUCACCACUCGUCCUUCUACCACACUGCUUUUUGUACAGUUUUAAGUGUGUUUCUAUAGGUGCUGCUAUUGUAAGUUACAGCUAUAGGCAGAAACAAUAGCGGCCUCUGGACUUUUGCUUAUGGAUGUCAAAUGGGCGGCAUUGUCCACAAGAACCUGUGACCCCCCCACCCCCCACGUGUUGGCUUGUUCACUUGUGCUUUUGCAUUUGUACUCCUGUCUUCAUCAUCAUAUAGUCUACUCUACUUAAAGCAUUUUUAAACACUUACACUUACAAGUAUUGUAGCAUCUGUGGUUAAAACACCUGAACUGCAGAUGUAAAGAAAUGCAAAUGUAUGUUAAAUAUAAAAGAAGUGUAAUUAAUAGAGGGACCUCGGUGACUCAGAUAUUAGUGGUAGUAGCCUAGAUUUACAGUGCUGAACAGAACACAAACAGUUUUGAAGCCCUUAAUGUUGUGUGGUCUUUGAAUUUGUUGAGGAGUUCACUUUGUUGCAUUGGAAAAUUAUGAAAUACAUCAAAUACUAAAAACCUACACAAUACAAUGGAAAGGCAUCAAACACUGCUCCCUCUAAUGUAAUCAACAAUUGUCGGAUGCAGCCUCAACAACUGACAAAAUGCACUGGAGGUUUCACAAAGAUAUAUCCGGUCCAGUGUUUUGGAGCUGUUAAUUUUGUUCAACAUAGUACAAUGCACAACUUUACAGGAAUGACUAACUACAUAUUUUUUACUUUGUCAGAGUCGGAGAUUGAUCAAAUAUUCUUUACUCUCUGCUCUAGCAAUUCCCUUCUUUUGAUUUGACCUAAAAGAUAUUUACAUGCUUUUUCAUCGCUUUUUUGCAUCAUUCAAUCAUUUAAUUGUUCUUUAAUUGAGUCCAGGUCCUAUUUGUGUGUGGCAGUUCUGUUAUUUGUGUAGCUCAUAUGGGACAGGGAACUACAACGUGUACUGGAGAUUUCAAGUUCACUUUACUAGUUAUUCAUUUUUUAAAUGAGGGAAGUGUGGGAAAAUUGCAGUAGUACAAUCUGUAAGAAGUGCUGUACUAAAGCAUCGGUGCUGAAUCAGGUGGCGGUUAUUCAGCAGUGCUGAUUAGUUGAUGAAACUAACAGAUCAGUUUGAGCAUAAACCACUGUUCCUGCCAUGUCGUCUGUGACCCAGUUCCUGUAAACUAAUUACAUUUGACACUGUUCUGUGCAAUACCUAUGUCAAACAUUGAUGUUGUAAAUAGCACUUUUUUUUGUAAAUAAAAUAGACAUAGCAUGUG